CUGUGAUGACUCCGAACGGAGCCCAGACUUAAGGACGCGCCAUCUUGCUCGUGGCUGGUGCGGCGCUGAACUACGUUUCCCAGAGUCAACCGCGGCGUGACGUCAUGUUUUGGCGUCGAGGUGAGAACCUCACCUUCACUGAGAUCCGCACCGCGAAGAGAGCACGGACUCUGCACUUGUAAAGAGAAGAGUCUGGACUUAGCAGGCUAGAUAGUUCUGGAACCCAUGGCCCUGCCGGGACUGGUGACCUUCAGGGAUGUGGUCAUAGUGUUCUCUGAGGAAGAAUGGCAGUACCUGGAACCAGCCCAGAGGAGCCUGUACAAGCAUGUGACUCUGGAGACCUUCAGUCACUUGGUCUCUGUAGGUCUUUCUAUUUCCAAGCCUGAUGUCAUCUCCUUGUUGGAACAAGGGAAAGAGCCCUGGAUGAUUGCAGAUGAUACAGCAAGGCUGUGGUGCCCAGCCUUGGAGCGCAGGUGUGAGACAUUUCCAGCCAAAGGUCUGUUGGAAAUGGGGUCGCUGGAUUGGGAAGCAGUGGGCAGCCUUAACUACCAUGUUCUCCGAGGCUGCAGUUCCAGAGGAGGUUGGGAAUGCAAAGGCCCAUUGGAGGCGCAGCAAGCGGGCGAGCAGUGCUACUCCAAGCAAGUGGAACCCAUGAAUGGAAAUGUGCCUGCUUUCAGGUAUCCCCUUGCCAUUACCCUACAUCAGCCCAGUGAGACCGGCAAGAAAAUGAUCAAAUGCACAGAAUGUGGGAAAGCAUUUAGCCGGGGCUCACACCUUACUCAGCACCAGAAAACUCACACUGGUGUAAAGCCCUUUGAGUGUCCACAGUGUGGGAAGACCUUCAGUCGGACCUCACACCUUGUUCAGCAUCAGAGGAUCCACACAGGCGAGAGGCCAUAUGGCUGUACAGAGUGUGGCAAGGCCUUCAGCCGGAGCUCAGAGCUUAAUCUCCACCGGAGACUUCAUACUGGUGUCAAACCCUAUGGAUGCAAAGAAUGUGGGAAGAACUUUCGGCAGCACUCCCAACUGGUGCUGCAUCAGAGAACACACACAGGGGAGAAGCCUUAUGUGUGUAAAGACUGUGGGAAGGCUUUCAUCCAGGGCUCCCAGCUGACUGUCCAUCAGAGAAUCCACACAGGUGCACGCCCCUACCAGUGUAAAGAAUGUGGGAAGGCCUUUCGACAGCACUCGCAGCUCAGUGUACACCAGCGAAUCCACACCGGGGAGAAGCCUUACAAAUGUAAGGAGUGUGGGAAGAGCUUUUUUCACAGCUCCGAAGUCACUCGCCAUCAGAGGAUCCAUUCUGGGGAGAAGCCCUAUGAGUGUCAGGAGUGUGGGAAGGCUUUCCGACAGCUGGCCCAGCGCGCUCGACAUCAGCGAGUUCACACCGGUGACCGGCCCUUCAAAUGCAAGGACUGUGGGAAGGCCUUUAGUCGCAGCUCAUACCUAAUUCAGCAUCAACGAAUUCACACCGGUGACAAACCCUACAAAUGAGAACAAUGACCUCCCGGUUUACUUGAAGGGCGGAAGAAAGGACACCAUCCUGUAUUUGGCGACUAUGGCCCUGACCAUGGGGGGUAAGUAUGGAGACUCCUCACCCUUGGCCUGAGUUGCUUGGGAUGGGGACUGGGGGGACCCUACUGCCUAUUGCUUUGGCUGAGCUGACUGGAUUGGGGGGAUGGGGACUGGAGCUAAGGCUAGGGCUCCCUAGAGGCCUUGGACUCAUGUUCCUGGGAGGAACCGGGCUCCGUGGGGUCUGGGACUCAGCUAGGAGCCGAGGAGAAAGCUAUUCUACUCUGGCCUGAUUAGCAACAGGGGUUCCCCAUCAGGAGUCCAGUUUACAAACAUAGAUGAAGUUCAAAGCUGGGAUUAGGGUCUCAUUGUGUGUCCCCCACUUCCCCUUCCUUCUUAGGCACUGCCUACAGCCUGUACUUCCUCACCUGGGCUGCCUGCCCCCACAAGAAAUGAGACUAAGAAAACUGAAAGCCCUGGGAUCUUGACAAACACUAAUAAAAAGUGCUGGUUUCUUUGGAACUCUACCCAGAUGUGGUUUCUCUGGGUGUGGUGUUGGGGGGGGGGGGACCAGGACCGGUGGAGCAUAGAGACCUCCUGUAAGUCCUGAUGGCAGAAGCACCAGCACCCUGAACCUCCAGGGACCUGUG